AAAAAAAAAAUACAUUAAUAAAUAAGAAAAAAAAUCACAAUCACUUAUAUGAAUAGGAGCUGAAUCAUAACUUUUUAAAUUCAACAAAUAAAAAUUAAUACCCAAUUGUCUUACAAGCAAUUACAAUUACACCAAUAAUGAAAGGGUCCAGUAAGUAGUUGAAAUAAUAACAGGUAUUGAUAAUAAAAUAGUGCGCUGAUGAAACAAUAAACAUAAUCCGAUGUAAUAGCAGUAAUUUAAUAGAUAACAAGCGAAAAUAAUUUAAACGUAAGUCUUUAAUUUGUUGACGGUAAUGAUCUUAAUUCCUCGGCGAAAAUUUAUGCUCAGCUGAGCACAAUCACGCAACUUUUCUCCGGUACUAUGUACUCCAACUACCUACUUGUUUUCUUGGAUGACUGACUGCUGUAUAUUUAAUAGUAAACUACUGAACUAUCCGUUACAUUACGUGUUACAGAUGCUGGUGGCGAAUGUCGCGAGGGGCAAUUGGCGGCAACCCUGCGACUCCUACGGGUGUCCCUAUCAGCCUCGUUACGAGCCCUUCGUGCCUGCACCGCCUGGGCAUACGCCUCGCUGUGCCAAGCCUGGACAAACCGUUUGCGAGUCGCUCGAUCAUUAUCCUCAGCAACUGAUUAAAUUUUUGGUCGAAAAAUGCACCUACAACUUUGCAACGAUACUCAGAGAUGAAGCGCAGACGGAAAUUAUUACUAACCAACUGAAGCCUGAGUACAGUGGGUACAAUUAUCCAAAACCAGAAGUCCAAAAUUUUUACCAACCUGUCACUUUAUUAGCACCUCAGUAUCCGUUUCCUUCUCAGCCAACCAAUUCUUCAGACAAGGGGUACAUGUACCCUCUACCUGUACCUCAAACGAACCAAUUUAGCGCAGAUGCUACCGAGAAAGAAGAAACGGAAAACUCCAGGCAGUUAAAUCCUUAUGAAUUCAAUCAGGAGCCUUGGGCGCCAGUUGGACAAGAUCACCAAAAUAGGCGCUCAAUUCGCGAGAAUUCUUUUUUGGAUGUCGCUCAAAAAAAUUUCAAGAAACGACAAGCGAACCCCAAAGACAUAGAUCUUUGUCCCACUGAGUCGAAUUACAUUACACCACGAGCUGGAUUGAAUAAUAAAGGGAAUUGGAUGUAUAUCGUAAAUAUCCCUCAUACACGUGACAAUUAUUCGCAAUUAAUUAAAAGUGAAAUUUGCCGAACAACAACGUGCAAUGGAAUAUGCAGCUUGCCAUUAGGAUACACCAGUAGGUGUGAGCAAAAGUACGUCCAAAAACGUCUAGUUGCUUUAGAAGGUUCCGGUGAUCGCCUUUACACCGACCUCUUCUGGAUUCCUCACGGCUGUUCGUGUCUAAUUACUCCUAAUUUUUAACAAUAACUUCACCAUUUAUUAUUACUAUAAUUGUAAAUGUAAAUGUAAAUUUAUUCCCGAAAAGCUGGCUCAGAAAUUCCGGAGUCCACAGUCGAAACGCCAGAAAAUUUAUUCCGUCCAAAAAAAAAAGUAAAAUUACAUAAUGACCAUUUUUAUCGUUACCUUUUUGUUUUAUUUUUUUAAAUGCAUUUCCGGCCGAACGUGUUCCUGCAAAGUGUGAAGCAGACAGUGCAAUGACUCGCGGAUAUCUGGGCCCAAGAGAAAGGUGUUGAGCGGAAGAUGAAUAAUACAUGAGUGAUGACACUGAACCGGUUGCUUUCUUGCAAUAAGUCUGCUAUUACUUGAAUUAUUUCAACGUUCGCUCUAUUGUUGAAGUUUAUCUGAGUAAUAUUCAUAAUAAUAAUAAUAAUAAUAAUUAUUAUUAUUAUUGUAUAAUAACAAAAAUAGUAAUAGUAAUUUUCGAGCAUUAGGCUGACUCGACAACUUUUCACCAACAAAAACAGUCAUAAUUUGUAUUUGUAAUGAGUCACUCUACAAGUCAAUAUCCAAA